CGAGUGCAGAGUGGAAGUAACCAUGAGGGGUCCCUGCGAGGCGCCUGGAGAGAAGGAAGAGCUGGAGGAAGGGGCGGCGGCGGCCGCUGGGCGUCCUGCAGGGGUCCCGGAGGCCCAGAAGGGUUCGGACGCGGAUUCGAACUCCGACCAGGAGAAAGAAGGCACCCAUAAGCUUGGAGAACUGGGCAAGGACACCCUCUACCUGAGGUCUUGCUGGGCCCACAGCGUCGUGCCUGCUUCCUGCUGUCUGCACCAAGGGAGCACCCCAGAGCUCAACCUGCAGCACCAUAGUCUGGGGCCCCAGGGGGCCCGGGCUCUGGCUUCUGUGUUGACCUCCAAUCCCUACAUCAAGCGGCUGGAACUUCGGGACAGUGGGCUCUGUGGGGCCGGCGCAGAGGCCCUGGCAGGUGCUCUGAGCAAAAGCAGUAUCUGCCCAAAUGUGGACCUGUCGGAGAACCAGCUGGGAGCAGUGGGAGCCCGGGCUGUCUGUGCCACCCUGGCGGUGAACCCGGCUGUGCAGAAGGCACAGCUGGCAGAGAAUGGCCUGGAGGAGCAGGUGGCCCAGUACCUUGCUGAACUCCUGCUGGCCCACACAGGCCUGAAACCCCUGGACCUGAGCUAUAACCAGCUGAAUGACCAAGCAGGGGAGAUGCUUGGACCAGCCCUGGCAGAAAACACAGGACUCACCGAGCUUAACAUAAGCUGGAAUCACCUGCGAGGCCCAGGAACUGUAGCCAUCGCCAGGGGACUGGAGGCAAAUAUCUUCCUGAAGGUCUUGGACAUCUCGUAUAGUGGCUGUGGGGAUCCUGGAGCCUCCGCACUGGGGGAGGGGCUCAAGACCAACAACAUGUUGGAGGAGGUCUACAUGAGCAACAACCGCAUCUCUGCAGUGGGAGCCCUGAGCCUGGGCCUGCAGGUCAACCAGACACUGAGGAUUCCUGUCGUGUCCAGGAAUCCCAUGUGAAGUGAAGGCUGCUUUGGUGUUCUCAGGUCUGUCCGGGCUAAUCCACUGCCUGCCCUAGAGCUGCUGGAUUUUUCUGAUAUCCAUGUGAACAGAGAGUUUGAUGACCUCACCAGCUCAGUGAAGGUCAUUCUUCCAGGGCUUUGCAUAAAGACGGCUGCCCGCAGAGUGGAGUACAAAAAAGAAUUCCUGCCCGUCUUCAGACUGUCUGAAUGACUGUGUUGUGUAGUUUCCUCAUCUCUCCCAUCGGCCACUUCAACUUUGAGAUGCCUUUCAACACAUGAGUCUGCACCGAGUCCCCAUGUCAACUGGGUGGUAAGUCCUAUGGAGCUGGCCUUCAUAGUGACUCAGACACUGGUACUAAUCGGGGCCUUCCUUUGCUCUCACUCAUUCGUGUAACACUAACUUGUAUUAUAUUUUGCACACUGAGCUGGGCAUGGGGUCAAAGAUGCCCAAACAAGACCCUGCCCUGGAGACCUUUGGACACAAUUAAAAUAUAAGGUGGUCUGCAACUGGCAUUCUCAAAGUCAACUUGGGAGAAGGCAAAUGGACACAGCUUUUUUGGAAAGCAAUUCAUCAUCAUGCACCAAGAGCCUUAAAACUGCCUGUCCUGCGAUCCAAAGUUCUGACUAAUCUGCUCCACAGAAAUCACCAGAGAUGCAUGGAAAACCGGAUGCCCAAAGAUGCACAUGAAAAUGCUGUUUAUAAUAUGAAAAUUGGAAAUGAUCUAAAUGCCCAAUAACAGGGGAUUGGUUAACUACAAUUUGGAAUUCUGUAAACAUUAAAAGUCAAGGGUUCGAAGAACAUUUAACAAUUUGUGAAAAUGCACAUGAUUGAUGUUAAGUGAGAAAA